AGAGUUAAAGUUCAUUCCAACAAACCAACCAACUUCUGUAUUUAGAGAAGCUGUGAGUGACCUGAGGUUGAUAGCAGAGCAAUAAAGAGAGAACAAAAUACACAAUAACACACACACAGAGAGAGAGAGAGAGAGAGAGAGAGAGAGGCUGAGCAACACACCAAAAAAGGUCUGGAGCCAGAGGUCUGUCGGCUGGAGAGACACACGGACAGAAGCACACAGACGGACCGGGAUUCAGGAAUCAUGGAGCAGGGCUGUGGAUGAGCCGGAUCUCCACCAUGUCCACGGGCCCCGGGCUCACAGGGGCCGCUCAUGGGAUCGAGCCGGGUCACGCCAAGGGCCCUGUCAGUCUUCAGACGCUGCUGGAUCUGCUGGUGGGAGUUUAUCAGGAGUUCAGCUCGACCGCUCUGCUCCGAGAGAAACAUGUGCAGCGCUUCCUGCAGUGGGCAGAGCCUCUGGUCAGACAGGUGAAGAAGACUCGGAUAAGCAGGGAGGACUUUGAGAUCUUGAAGGUGAUCGGCCGAGGAACCUUCAGCGAGGUGGCUCUGGCCCGCAUGCGAAACACACAGCAGGUUUACGCACUGAAGAUCAUGAACAAGUGGAACAUACUGAAGCGUGGAGAGACGGCGUGUUAUCAGGAGGAGCGCGAGGUUCUGCUGAAGGGAGACCGGCGCUGGAUCACUCAACUGCAUUACGCUUUCCAGGACGACAAUUACCUCUAUCUGGUCAUGGAUUACUAUGUCGGUGGAGAUCUGCUGACGCUGCUGAGUAAGUUUGGUGAUCGUAUCCCGGAGGACAUGGCUCGGUUCUACCUGGCUGAGAUGGUGAUGGCCAUCGACUCCGUCCACAGACUCGGUUAUGUGCACAGAGACAUUAAGCCUGACAACAUCCUGCUGACAGCAGACGGUCACACACGAUUGGGCGAUUUUGGCUCCUGUCUGCGUCUGGAGGAUGAUGGACUGAUCCACUCGUCGCUGGCCGUCGGGACUCCUGAUUAUCUGUCUCCAGAGAUCCUGCGGGCGGUGGAGGGGGGCGGAGCCUAUGGCUCAGAGUGUGAUUGGUGGGCUCUGGGCAUCUGUGCGUACGAGAUGCUGCUGGGAACCACACCCUUCUACGCCGAGUCCAUCUCUGAGACCUACGCUAAAAUAAUACACUUCAAGGAUUAUUUUGAGUUUCCUCCGGAGUCGGAGGUGUCCGAGGAGGCACGUUCACUCAUCAGCGCUGUGAUCUGUGACAGGAGCGAGAGGUUGGGUUCACGGGGCUCCGGGGACUUCACAAAACACCCAUUCUUUACAGGUUUGGACUGGAGUUCCCUUCAUCUCCUCCCUCCUCCGUACCGUCCUGGCGUCUCCGAUGCCACAGACACCUCCAACUUUGACGUGCUUGAUGACUGUCUGAGCCACACGGAGAUGCUGAGUGAUGUGAUGGAGCAAGCACCUGUCGGGCUUCAUCUGGCGUUUGUGGGCUACUCUUACACAGCCACCAGAGAGACGGGAGCACUGGACCGCAGCAGGGACAUCAUGAUUGAGAUCAACCAGCAGCAGGACAGAGAUCAGCUGCACCUCCAGGGAAAACUACAGCAGUCUGAAUCAGACUUCAGUGUGAACGUGCUGCACAAUCAGCUGUGGCGGCUCAGAGAAUCCAUCACUGCUGAGCUGACAGCACUUCCUGCACUUCCUGCUGAGCACAACAAUCCCCAGCCAAUCAGCAGCAGCGCAGAGACGGAGCAGAGCGAUGCACACACUUAUGAGCUGCAGAGACGUCUGCACAAAGCCGAGCGCAGGAACAGAGAGCUCGAGCAGGAGAUGGCUGGACUGAGAGAGGAGAUCCUCAGACUGACCGCCGGCACGGACCAAGUCACAGAGCUGUGUGUGUGUCGGCCGCUGCGCUGUCUGGACUCCACGCGGGACAGCUCAGUGUCGCCCCCUGCCUGCCAUUACCCGCUAGUGACACCCCUGCACCGCCACCUGCUGCUCUUCAACAGGGUGCGGAUCCCGCAGGUGAGGAGUGAGUGGUAUCUGCUGGUGUGUGUGAGGAGGACUGAACACUGCAGAUCUGAUCUGUCCUGAAGAACACACACUAGAUAGUCUACUGUGCAAUAGUCUGAUCUCUUCCUCUCUAUUCUUCAGUUCCAGACUACAAAACCUUUUGAGCAUCACAGCCACAUAAUUCAGUCUGCACAUUGAAUUCAUUUGAUUCAGCAGUGAUGUUUACAUGCACACCAAACCCUUUCAGCUCCAUAUUCUGGUUGCACUCAUAUUGGGAAUAUGAUGUUUAUAUGCAUAAAUAUAGUAGUUUUAGGCCUGAUCUACACAUGCACAUGACAUUUCUUUCUAUUGUCCAAAAGACUUCCUAAGAGAGAGUAUAUUCUGCCAUUGGGUUAUGCAGAAUGUGCUCAGCUUUUUUCUUUCAUUGGAUUUUCUGAACAAGGUGUUUACUUGCAACACGUUUCUCAUUAAAACAGGGUUAUUCCAGGAGUGGGAACCAGAUGUUUGAGAAUUUAAAUAUUGUCUUAAAGUGAAUCAGGCGAUCAGUGUUUCGUAUGUGUCUCCAUACUAAUCUGAAUAUUGCCAAAAUCUGAUUAACAUCAGAAUAUUGAUGUACUUGGCUGUAAAUGGAAAACUGUUUGCCGUAUGUGAGUCUGAAUCUGAACUGUUUUGUAGUUUGUUUACAGUACAGUGUGUGUGUGUGUGUGUGUGUGUGUGUGUGUGUGUGUGUGUGUGUAGGUUUAUACUCACAAUAACAGAAGCACCACUCGCUGAGUGCCGUCUUAUAAAUUACACGUGUUUGUGUGCAUGACAUGAGUUCAAACUUUCAUAUUCAACAUCAUUAUUUACCAGAGAUAUAUUUUGUACAAAACAAGUUGUUUCAACCAUGAAAACUAUUUAAGAGUGAGUAACUUAGAAAUAAAGUUGGCUUAUUUAUUUAA